GCCCCCGCCCGCGCCGCGCGGCCUGCUCCGCUCCCGGCGCUGAGGCGCGGCGGGCAGCGCGGGGCGGGGCGGCGGCGCCAAGUUGCCGCGGAGGAAGUUUGUCCGCGCCGCGCGUGCGGCGGCCCCGCGCGUCCGGCCACGCAGGCGAGUGGCGCUUCCCCCCGCCCGCUUCCAGUGCUGUAAACCGGCAGAAAUAUUUAACACGCUGCUGGACUCUAAGUAACCCUGCUGCGCACUUUAUUUAUGCAAAGCCAACGUUGUCUGCCCGCUGCCAGGCGUCGCGGUGCCGCAGGAACACGUGUGCACUGCUACAUGUGUUCAGCUAGUAGUUCAGUCUUCACAAGCAGCUUCUGCUCAAGAAAAUCUCCUUGGAAUAUCUGAAGUCCAUAUGGCCAUGUAUGAUGAAGAUCUCUUGAAAAAUCCUUUUUAUUUGGCCAUUCAGAAGCGGCGUCCUGAUCUCUGCAGUAAAGUUGCAGAAUUUCAUGGUAUUGUAUUAGUUCCCUGCAAAGGAAGCCUUUCAAGCAACAGUCUCUCUACCUGCCAGUUUGAAUCCUAUGUUCUAAAACCAUUAGAAGAAAAUUUUCAGACCUUAAAUGGAAAGGAGAUCUUUAUACAAGGAAACAUCAUCAUUUUAGGAACUGGUUUUAAUUAUAAUCUCUCAGUACCUGUUCUUUUUGAGGAAACAUUUUACAAUGAAAAAGAAGAAAGCUUUAGUAUAUUGUGUAUAGCCCAUCCAUUGGAAAAAACAGAAAGCUCAGCUGAAUCUACAACUUCAUCAAAUUCCUAUUCUCUUAAAAAUAUUGAAGAUGUUAGGGAAUUCUUGGGAAGGCACUGUGAGAGACUUGAUAAAUACAUAGGAUCUUUCUACAGAACAUUUAAAGAACAUGAAAGGAAAAGCCUGCGUCACUACAUAGAUUCUGUCAGUGCACUCUAUACCAAAUGUCUCCAGCAUCUUUUGAGAGAUUCACACUUGAAGAUGCUUGCAAAGCAAGAAGAGCAGAUGAAUUUAAUUAAACAAGCAGUUGAAAUGUAUAUUCACCAUGCUAUUUAUGAUCUGAUUUUUAAAUAUGUGGGGACUAUUGAGGCAAGUGAGGAUGCUGCUUUUAACAAAAUCACAAGGAGCCUUCAAGAUCUCCAGCAAAAAGAUAUCGGAGUAAAGCCAGAGUUCAGUUUUAAUAUACCACGGGCAAAGCGAGAACUGGGUCAGCUGAACAAAUGUACUUCCCCUCAACAGAAGCUACUCUGUCUACGAAAAGUGGUACAAAUUAUUAUGCAGUCUCCUAGCCAAAGAGUUAACAUGGAGACGAUGUGUGCAGAUGAUCUUCUCUCUGUUUUGCUAUACUUACUUGUAAAAACAGAUAUCCCAAACUGGAUGGCCAACCUGAGCUACAUCAAGAACUUCAGGCUUUGCAGUUCAGUGAAGGAUGAAUUGGGAUACUGUCUAACCUCAAUUGAGGCUGCAAUAGAAUAUAUCCGACAAGGCAACCUUUCUGACAGAUCAACAGAAUCUGAGAGACUGUGUGACAAGUUGCUUUUGAGACAAAAGAUGAACUUGUUGUCCCAAAUGUCUACCACUCCUAUAGAUUGCUUAUUUAAGCAUAUUGCUUCAGGUGAUGAAGAGGAAGUGGAGCGAUUAUUAAGUCAAGGUGACAGUGAUAAAGACACUGUACAGAAAAUGUGUCAUCCACUCUGUUACUGUGACAAGUGUGAGAAGCUAGUUUCUGGGAAGCUGAACGAUCCUUCCAUUGUCACUCCGUUUUCCCGAGAUGACAGGGGAUAUACACCACUUCAUAUAGCUGCUAUUUGUGGGCAAACAUCAUUAGUGGAUUUACUAGUAGCCAAAGGAGCCGUUGUCAAUGCUACAGACUACCACGGUUCAACUCCACUUCACCUUGCCUGUCAGAAGGGAUAUCAAAAUGUUACACUCCUGUUACUGCAUUAUAAAGCAAGUACUGAUGUUCAGGACAAUAAUGGAAAUACUCCACUUCAUUUAGCCUGCACUUAUGGUCAUGAGGAUUGUGUCAAAGCUUUAGUCUACUAUGAUGUGCGUUCCUGUAGAUUAGAUGUUGGUAAUGAAAAGGGAGACACUCCUCUCCAUAUAGCUGCUCGUUGGGGCUAUCAAGGGAUCAUAGAAGUGCUUUUGCAAAAUGGGGCCAACCCAGAUAUUCAAAACCGGAUGAAAGAGACUUCCCUACAGUGUGCAUUAAAUUCCAAGAUUUUGUCAUUGAUGGAACUAAACUAUCUAACAUUUGAAAGGGGACAGAGUGCUUCUGAGUCACCACUUAGGUCUCCUCAGCGCUCAACAGAAACUUUCAGCAGAGGAUCAUCUGUCUCAAGCUUGUCGUCAGUGUCAAUUGAUAUAAGACAAGAAGAUGUAAAGAAUACUUAUAAGGAGGUGGAAAAACUCUUGAGAGCAGUUGCUGAUGGUGAUCUGGAAAUGGUACGUUAUCUCUUGGAAUGGAUGGAAGAUGACUUGGAAGAUGAAGACGACACAGUCAGUACAUCAAAACCAGAAUUCUGCCAUCCGUUAUGCCAGUGCUCAAAAUGUGGGCCAGCACAAAAGAAAUUUGCAAGGAUCCCUGCUAAUGGUCUUGGAGUAAAUGUUUCAAAUCAAGAUGGUUUUACACCACUGCAUAUGGCUGCACUGCAUGGACACUCUGAACUUGUCUCUCUUUUGUUGAAAAAUGGAGCCAAUAUCAGUGCCAAGAAUGCAAAACAUGCAGUUCCUCUUCAUUUAGCCUGCCAGAAAGGACACUUCCAGGUGGUCAAGUGUCUGAUGGAUUACAGUGCUAAACAAAAUAAAAAGGAUAUAUAUGGAAAUACUCCAUUAAUUUAUGCAUGUUUGAAUGGUCAGUAUGAGACUACUGCCUUGUUGUUACAGCAUGGGGCCUCUGUUAACCUUUCUAAUGCCAAAGGAAAUACAGCACUGCAUGAGGCCGUGAUAGGAAAGAAUGAAGCCCUCGUAGAGCUGCUACUUCGGAAUGGUGCAGUGACGCACAUAAGGAACGAAAGGCAUUGUACCCCUGCGGACUGCGCUGAACCGAAUUCAAAUAUCAUUAAGUUGCUGGAAACAGCACCAAGCUAUGUACCUACAUCAGAAGAGAGAGAAAAGGAUUGUGAGCAGCAUGCUACUAUCAAGAUAAGAAAAAAAGUGAAUUCUAAGCCAUGUGAGAAAGCCGAUGAUCCCAUAAGCAGACAACUGCAACUGGUCCAAUCAAUUAACAGAUUUAACAAAGCAAAACAUUUACGGAGAACAGUAACAAGAGAUAAAAGUGUCCCUAAUUUUGAUUAUCAGUUAUUGCAUCAGUUAGCUAUUAAAAGCUUUGAUAAAACCAAGUUAAAAGCUGUUGAAACGCUGGACCAGAGCAAAGUUAAGAUUAUUGACACAGGCUGCAGCGGUGAAUUUGUGAAACAUGAUGAUGUGAGAGACGCUCCUGAUAGGAGUAAACUAAUGCACCGAAGACACACUGUUAAUGUGCCGCUUUCAGCAGAGAACGUCAGCGAUAAAAGCGGUUUAGCCAGUCCUAGAAAUCCAAGUAUUUCACAGUCCAAAGAGUGCAGUGAUGACUUGUUUUCAAAACACUGACAAGCAAGUGUGAAUUUGAUGACAAAAGCUGAAGAACUAGGUGGUGUUAGUUUCAAUAUCCUUGUGCUGGAUAUCAAGGAAUUUAGUGAUGCUUGCAAGCUAUGCCUUCCGAACAGGACACAGGGAUGACUCUUCAGCAGAAACAGAAUCUUCCUAGCACUUUUGAAGACUGAAUCCUCUGGUUAUUCUGGAGAUAACUAUUUAGCCAGUUUGUUAUUGAUCUCAACAAACAGGGACAUAUUGAGAUGUGGACAGCAAAAUUAGUUUCCUAUUCUACUUAGCACUUACUAAAAAAAUUAUAUGUAACGGUACACCAACCAAAAUCCUGUAUUGUACUUUUCAGCCACCCACUUUGUUUUUAAAAGUCUGAAUAAUUUUUGCAUUUUCAGUUUUUACCACUACAUUGGAUAAAUAUAUAUAAAUAUUUAUUUAUAUAUAUAUAGAUAUAUUGGAUAAAUACGUAUUUAUUGCCAGAAGUAAUUCAAAUGUCUCUAUUUUUAUUGUAAUGUUACAAACCGUUAUAAUAUAUAUUUCUGUAUAUUUCAGUAGCUGGGAAAACAACAGUUGAUAAAAUCUGUGAUGCCAUCUUAGAGGUUUAUACAUGCUAUUAACACGAUGGGAAGUAACCUGUGCUGAUUUCUUUGCAAUGCACCCCUGUAUUGGGUCUGCAAGAUCAAGAUCUUACAGGAGCCAAGAUGCUGAGAAAAGAUAGAGAGCACUUGAUGAAGCUAAAUUGGACUCACUGUUCACAGCCUCAUUAAAAAAAAAAAAAAAAAGGCAGAAACAAGUAUGUAUAAGGACAUGUAAAAUUGUUUGAAGGUUUUUUUUUUCUCUAAGGCAAAUCAUGCAAAAACCACAAAAAUACUUAUGAUUCUGGGCAAAACUGGUUAGACAAAACUGCUGCUUAAGAGCCUGUUCCUAUCUGACUGCUAUUUAAACAGGUGGACUUCUUGAUUAUGAAAGCUACUACUGACAUCAGUAAGCAUUUGUUGGAAUAGGCCAAAUUCUAGAGGUGACCACUGCUGAAGAAUUGAAAGCUCACAAAUACCUAUGAGAUGGCAGCUUAAAUUUGGACUUCAUUUUUGACUAUUUCAGUUAAAAAUUUUUAAAAGUGGUUAUGGUAGGAGAAAUGUGUAAAUAGCAUAAGCCAAGUUUUCUAAAUGCAAUAUUUUUUAUUUUUGGCUUAUGUCCAGCUUGCAGUUUAUUUCAUAAGAUAUUUUUAUGAAUAAUUCUGUUUCUUUUAACUGUGAUAUUAGUAAACUGCCUGGGAAAAUCCAAAGCUGGAGGACAGACUGAUGAUUUUUUUCAAUUAACUUUUUAAUCUAAGGGGUAAACUGUGCAAAAAAAUGCACACAUGGACAUUUGGAGAUGAGGGUAAUGUGUUUAUUUUUCUAAUAAUUUAUGAGUUCAUCUGAUUUUUUCUAAUGUGCCUUGGAUUUGUGCCAAAUGAUGGAAACGAGAAAAACAGUAAAAUAAUUCUUGAAAAA